GGCUGCAGACUUGCAGGCCACAUGUGUACACCUCACGCCGGCUUAUCUGACCUCACCAUUUCCCAAGAGCUGCCCAUCCACCUCCCAUUCUAUAAACAAAUGCUGCAAGCUUAACCGUAUCGUAAACUACUCAUACGCUUACACAAAUCACGGCCACCACAUACCAUUGUCCAUUAGCCUGAUAGCUAUCAAUCCUCCUUGCCAGGGCAAGCAGCAGGGGAAGAUCCAGAGACCAGAGGCGAGAGAGAUGGGCGACCUGCAGCCCGCGGCAGUCCGCGUCCCGCGGCGGGCGAUGCAGUUCCGGGUGCCAAGGAGGCCGGUGGCCAGGGCGGCGGGGGCGGAGGCGGCGCCGCCGAUGCCGGCGGGGGGAAAGAAGAAGAAGAUGGCGGUGGUGAGGCUCGGCGGGAAGAGGAGGCUGUUCGGCGCGAUCCGGCGGCUCCGGAUGCGGUGGCUGGCGGUGCUGUACCGGCGCACGCUGCGGCGGCUGCGCGCUUACUACGCCACGGCGAUCAACGACCUCCUCGAGGGCGCCGCGGUCAUCAGCUCCAUCCGCGGGCCGGCGGGCGCCGACUGCUCCUUCGGCACCGCGUUCGCGCCGGUGGUCACCGUCGGGUACUGAAUUCUCACGGCCGGCUGCAUGCGGCACGCAGAGACGUCGAGCCCUGUAUGGAUGCUGUGCUGAAGGGCUGGUGCCUGGAUGUAUGCUUGUAUAGACGCCAAUCUCUCUCGCUCCAGCAAUUUCUUUUGCUCACUUUCUCUUCCUCCUUGAUCAGUUGAUCUGAUGUGUUCUUUGCUAGCAGAGUCGUCAAUUCAGCAAUCAACAUGUGCAUGACAGUUCUCCUGGCCUUGCUACUUUUUUUUAUGUCAAGAAAUCAGAAAACAUAGAGACAAAACUCUCUGUUUCGGAUUUCCUUGACGACGCAAAUAAUACUUUUCACGUUUCUAUCGACCAUUUCCCCCCACAA